GGCCAAGCGUCAUCACAGCAACGAUGUUCCUACGCCAAAGCCGCCAAAAUGCAGCGGAGAAGAGCUGAAACGGGUCGCUAUUUCGAAGAGUACCAAGGUCCCACCCUCGAACAAUGGGAGUUCCUCGUCAACCAUCUCCAGACGCCCAACCUGAGAGCGCAAGAUUGCCUUGAGACUGUCCUCGCCUACAUGGUCGUGGCCGUCAAGCACGAGUCGACCUGGAAGACGCGCAUGAUGCGCGAGGACUACUUCCCUAUCUCGCGCCUCUACUACUGCGCCUUCCUGCUCGUCCACCCGCACUUUGAGGUGCCGGCCUUUUGGCAGAUGGGCAUGCACAUCUUGCACAUGCUGUCCACGCUCAACUACCCGCCCGCCAUCCUGACCAUGUACCGCUACUUUGAGGCGAUCGCCCGCCGCCGCGACCCCAAAAGCGAGACGUACCGCUACAUCCAGACCAAGUACCAGGAGCUGCUGAACAAGAAUGACGCCAAUGCCUGCACCUGGAAGGCCGCCGAGCUGUGGGACCCCAAAAAGCCCGAGAUCGCGCUGAUGUACCUGAACAAGGCCAUGGAGGGCUACAAGCGGAGUCCGGGGAGGUACAAGGUCGAGCCCCUUGUCUCCCACGCCUUGGAAGGCGGCAAGAGUGAGAGACUUCCGUUCCUGGUCAAGAUCUUGAGCUUCUUCAGCGACGUGAAGGAGACGAUGCUGGGCCUGGUGGUCGGCAAAGAGACCAGCGCGUACGCACUGCGCAGGCGACUGAUGCUCGACAAGUUGUUGCCGCUGGACAAGCGACCUGCGCGCGUGCCGCACUGGACGUGGGAGGGCAUGUACCGCGUCAGGAAGGGGAUGGCGCUGUCGAUGAUGGGGGAGAUCAGCGAAGCCGUUGAGGAGCUGCGGAUCGCGGCUGACGAGCUGGAUGUGGAGCAAGGACAUUAUGCGCUUGCGGUUCUGAUGCAGAUGGAGGCUGAGAAGAUCAGUGACUGUUUCAAGGGCGAGAGAGAGGAGGAGGAAGAAGUAGAGCUCGUGUUGUCGAGUGCCUUUAUUGACUUCUACAAAGGUUUAGAGACGACGGACGCUCUGAUUGGGGCUAUGCGGCUCUUGAAUGAGGAGGCGGAGCUACGAUUCAAGAGAGCGGCGCAAGGCGGCGAUGAGAAGGCGGCGGGAAAGCUGGAGCGCCUUUGCAAGACGAGAUUGGACGAGCCCGGGCUUUCCAAGAUGGAGAGGGAGACGUAUAAGCUGGCUGCUAAGGAAUGGGCUGAGCUCUCAGGCAUGAGGAAAUCGGUGUAUGAUGAGUUGCAGAAGAACACCGGCCCAAUCUUUGCUGAUCCCAAGUCGAAGUACUAAAACAGCAAAGAAGUCUGCCUCGGCGUAUUCAGGGAGGCGGACGACUGUUGGCUCCCAGAGACGAAAGCCACGAAAUACACACCAUUGAUACCAUAUUCAAUAUCAGCAGAAAAGCCAGAAGCUAGUGAAAUUUCUCUACGAGGAAAAGUACCACUUUCUCACCACCCU